AUGUUUACACCAAAUAUUGUGCCUAAGACCGAUACAAAGCCCUUGCCAUCGGAGUUGAACAAGUCCAAUCCUCAACCAACCCAGCCUUUACAAGAAUGGCCCGGCAAAGGUCUCCGUGUGUCAUCACUCCUUGAAUGGUACGCGGCGUCGACAACUCGCGGAACUCGGACACCGCAGUGGUUUGAACGAUUCGGAAAGGAGUAUGAGUACGAAGAUCAAACAGUCCAUCGCUACUGGAGAUGGGUGGACAAAGUCAGUUAUGAGAGGUUUCAGAAGUGGCAUCAGGAAUGGCCUUUGGUGGGUGAUGUCACUCAGGAAAAUAUCCUUGUUAGUCAAGCAAGGCGUGUUUUUCAGCUUGAAUUCAACGCAGUCGCCAGGUUAAAGAAUUCACUUGUGCAUGAGCGUGGACUUGGUGUGGGCAAGGGUCCUCGACCGGUUGUUCCGCGGAAGAGGAAAAACGAUUCAUGUUUAUCUUUGUUAUGUUGUUUCCCUACUUCAGGUGUCAACUACAUUCUUUUUUUGGGCGUUGUUGUCACCAGGUUAAAUUCUCGAUACUUCCCUUUUGUCCCUUUUGUCCACUACAUCAUAGAUCUGUCUGACCCUGAAAAUGAAAAUAAUUCGAUAUGUUCACGUAGCAUCCAUAUCACUGCAUCAGAAGACCUCGGAUGGAGGGCUCUGCCUUUUGAUAAUCACGAUCAACCACAAGACCUAGACACCGACUUGGUCUUUGCGCUACUUCCACUGAGCGGUGAUUGGCCACAAUCAGAUGCCCUUGACUACCAAUGGGCUUGUAAACCUGCCAAUGUGGAUGUGGACCAAACUGGUCGUAUUUGUUAUUGGGACGGCCGUACCACCCAUCACGCUAUCAUCAAUUCCCCAAAUCCAGCCAUCGAUAACAUCCUUUUGAAUGCAUGUGCUCUUGAUGCAAAUCACGACACUCUGAAGGAUCAUCUUUGGUUCGCACAGAUGUUUAUCCAUGCAGCGUGCCUUUUUGAUAAAUUCUGA